AUGACAAGCCCCUUCAGCUUCAACAACAUGGCCCAGCGGUCCGACAGCGCCGAUCCUGCCAACAUGCCGUCGCCCCAGUCGCCGACGGGCCAGGCUGACUCGGCGGUCCAGCAGCAGCAGCAGCCGCAGCAUCAACCACGAUCGCAACACCAGAGCAGCAACGUCACCGUCUACCAGACGACGGGGCCUGAUGCCCACACCGGCCCCAUCCUCGCCCCGGGCGGCUCCGGAGCCCCCGCCCUGAACCCGCGAUCCUGUGUCACUUGUCGGCGCCGCAAGGUCCGCUGCGACAAGCAGAUGCCCUGUUCCAACUGUCGUCGCGCCUUGAUCCCCUGUGUUUUUCCCGCCCCGGGCCGCGCCCCUCGUCAGCAGCGACCGCGAGACCCCAAUGCGCCGCCAAAGAACUCGAGUCAGCGCGAGGUGGAGCUGGUUAAGCGCCUGCGGAAGCUCGAAGGCAUUGUCGAGGAGCUCAGCGGCCAGAUCGAGGUCGACGAUGGCCAGCCGUCGAGGCGCACCAUGUCGGGCGGCCUCGACAUGUUUGUCGGUGCUGGGAGCCCCGGCUCCAGGGACAACGAGUCCGUCACCGACCACACCAGUGAGACGGCCAAGAGGAGGGAUGUGCAAAUGACCCUCGGCCGCCUGGUUCUCGACGACCAGCGCGGCACAUCCCGAUACGUCAGCAGUGGGUUCUGGUCCAAGUUGAACGACGAGUUGGACGCGAUCCGCGAAGAGACCCAGAAGCUCACAGACGACGACGGCGAUGACUCCGACUACGACGGGACGCCGACCGACUCUCCCGCGACCGGCAUCUCGUCCUAUACUGACCACCACUCCUUUGUCCUCGGCUAUCGAUCGGCCGACGUCGACCUUCGGAAAUGCCACCCGCUGCCAUCUCAUGUGACGUUUCUGUGGUCCGUCUACCAAGAAAACGUCGAGCCGCUCAUCAAGCUCCUGCAUAUCCCAACUACGGAUCUCAUCCUGCGCGAUGCCAGGAAGAACUCGGACAACCUGUCCCCCGGCCAGGAAGCACUGGCAUUUUCCAUUUACUUUGCGGCCGUGACCUCUCUCGAGCCUGAAGAGGUUGUAACCAACUUUGGCGCCAGCAAAGACGAGCUCCUUGCGCAACACCGAUUCGCGUUGGAGCAGUCGCUGGCCAAGGCCAAUUUCCUAGACACUUCAGACGUUGCAGUCAUACAAGCUUUCACCCUAUUCCUCAUCGUCGGUCUGGGUCUCCACCGUGACGGGAGUCAUUUCAAACUCUCACCCUUUGAGACCGAGAUCAGGAGGCGCCUCUGGUGGGCCAUUCUGAUGCUGGAUCUUCGCUCUGCAGAGGAACUCGGCACCGACAUGACAAUCGGGGAGCGCUCUUACGACACGCAGAUGCCGAGCAACAUCAACGACUCGGACAUCAGCCCCGAAAGCCCCGAGCUCCCAAUACCCCGUGAGGGCAGGUCGGACUGCGCCGUUUCCCUCGUGCGAGCCGAGAUAUGCGCAUUGUCGAGGCGUCUGGUCACAGCGGCGUCUGCCAUGGCCGACAUGUGUCCCAAGGCCGACGAGGGCACCAUGGCCGAUAGAGAGCGGAUGCUCAUCGAAGUAUAUCAACGCGUCGAGCACAAGUUCCUCCAGCACGUCCUCGACGAGGCUGACCCCCUCUACUGGGUGGCCGCCAUGAUUGCCCGCGUCAUCAUGGCCAAGAUGUGCCUCGUCAUCUACCAACCCAUGCUGUUUCCCGGAUCCAACUACGAGCUGUCUGGCGAGAUCCGUCAGCGGAUAUACGUUGCCUCCAUCGAGAUAACCGAAUACGGCCACAAGCUGAACACGGAUCCUCGAUGCAAGCAGUACCGCUGGCUGUUCAAGACGUACACGAACUGGCACGCCAUCGCCUACACGCUCAUCGAAACCUGCCGGCGACCGUGGACAGCCCUGGUGGAGCGCGGCUGGGAGGGCGUCAAUGGCUUCGACAAGGACCCUGUGGAGAUUGCAAAGAGAGGCGACCAAGCCGCCGUUUUUCUGCCGGUCCGGAAGCUGUUUGCGAGAGCCCGAAGGCAUCGCGAGUCAGAGAUUACUCGGCUUAAGGCGAAUCAGGACGAAGCCCGCCGACUCGACUUUGCGGAACGCCCGUCUGCCGGUUCCCGACAGGCCUCGGGCACGAACAACACGCCGCCGCACAUGCGGCAGUCUUCGCAAAGCCUGAAACCACCGGGUGGGCGGGAGCAAGUUACGAUGGAUCUUUCUCAAGAGGCCAUGCAGUAUGUGGAUGAAUUCAUGUCACAGCCAAGCCCCAACAUGGUGGAGUUUUGGAACAUGACCAACGGUGGCGGCAAGGACUCGGGCGCGGCCGUGAUCCCCCAGUCAUCCCACUUCCCGAUCUCAAUGGCGGAGCAGCAGGCCUUGCGGCAGCAGGCGCUCACGCUGCAGACUCAGCCGCCCAAGGGGGAUCACGCCCCGCCCUACCUAUGGUCCGACCCGUUUACAGUCAUGAACACCAACUUUGACGACACCUUUACCGAAGACACCGACAUGCUAGGAGCGGACUUUGAUUGGCAGGAUUGGAGCCAGAGCAUUCGCGGGCUGGAGAUGGAGAGCACACAGCCUCGGUAG